CUAACUGUUUUAUGAAACCAAGAAGAAGAAGACCUUUUUCUGUUCUACUGCCCGUAAUCAGAUGGUGGUUGAACUGACGUUUAUGUACAAAGAAGAAGAAGUAUCUAAACAAGAGAAUCAAUACCUUGAAAAUGGAUUUCCAAAAUCGUGCCGGUGGCAAGACCGGCAGUGGUGGUGUGGCCUCCUGGUCGGAAACCAACCGAGACCGCAAGGAGCGUCUCCGACAACUGGCAUUGGAAACUAUUGACCUGAACAAAGAUCCUUAUUUUAUGAAAAAUCAUUUGGGUUCAUAUGAAUGCAAGUUAUGCUUGACGCUACAUAAUAAUGAAGGCUCGUAUUUGGCACACACACAAGGUAAGAAGCAUCAAGAAAACUUGGCUCGCCGUGCCGCCAAAGAGGCAAAAGAGGCACCUUCUAUGAUGGCACCAGAAAAGCCUCGUGUGGAACCUAAAAAAUUUGUAAAAAUCGGUCGCCCCGGUUAUCGUGUUACCAAACAGCGUGAUCCAAGUAAUGGCCAACAGUCACUGCUAUUCCAAAUCGAUUAUCCAGAAAUCACCGAAGGCAUCAUUCCUCGUCAUCGCUUUAUGUCAGCGUAUGAACAAAAAAUUGAACCACCAGAUCGUAAAUGGCAAUAUUUACUUUUCGCCGCUGAACCUUAUGAGACUAUUGGUUUCAAAGUACCAUCGAGAGAGGUGGAAAAGACCGAGGGAAAAUUCUGGACACACUGGAAUCGCGACACAAAGCAAUUCUUUUUACAGUUCUCAUUCAAAUUGGAACCGAAAAUUAUACCACCACCUCCACCCAAUCUCCACAGGGCAUUGGGAACUGCACCCGGCUUUCCUAUACCUGGCCCACCACGUCACAUGUUCAAUGGCGUACCACCACCACCACCCAUGGGUGUUUUGCCUGUACCUCCGCCGCCAAUGUGAGAGGAGGAAAACUCUGUCUCCUCCUUGGAAGCAGAAAGAAUCAUUAGUGGUAAUAAUGUGUAAUAAGAAAAAAACUUUUUAAAUAAAAUAUAUUAAAAACAAAGUAUGUAUUUAAAAAAAAUCUAUUGUAACACCAACAUAUUUCGAUUAGAACUUACAAAUAUAUUGCUAUGGUUGUAGUUUAA